UCGACAGCUCCAUCUCUGGUAUGAACUUACGUUUGGGAAGAGGGUAGAACAGCGAAAUAGACGGACUACGGUGGCGUUGUAGCCUUUGUUGUCGUUUGCUUCUUUAAUUUUCAUUUUUGGACCCAUGGUUACUUGUUUGUUUCGAGGUGAAGAACGCAUAUUUCCCCCGUGAUGCUAUAUGAACAAUGAUUGCCGUCUGUGCGCUACCGUAAUUUAUGCUAUCAAUGAGGGGGAAAUGGACUGAAUGCAAGCUGAUUACUUUCUCUACCGCCAAGGCACCGCUCCAUGCAGGGACAGAAUAAACACGAUUAGUUGUAAAUGAAAGUUUUAUAUAACAUUGUAGAUGACCGCUCUUAUUUUCUGAAUAUAUUUUUUCCGUCUCCGAAUCGUUUUCAUCAUCUGAUUUUUGGUUGCUUGGACGUUACACUGUCUCCGGGAAAUAAGGAUUUUUUUUAUAUGAGGAAGCUAUUUAUUACAGAGAUACCAAAAAGAAAGAGGCCUUUCCGUUUUCAAGGCCGGAUUUGAGUUCAAUAGGGGAAAAUGGUAAACAACCCAAAUGGAUAAAAUCUGGAUAUCAUGGGACUUAUUGGAACAUAAUAUUAGAGGAGUGGGAUUGCUUUCGAUAACGUUUCGUUCAAGUUUGAAGCAUCAAGAAAGAGAACAGCCCAUUGUAGUCACAAUCACUAAAUAUUUUUGACUCAAAUUAAGGGAAGGGGUGCUGUUGUAAUUGGCACAUUUGCAGUUGUGCAAACAGCAUAUAUGCACUUUUUUUGGUGGUUUUUUUACAUGAUUUGUAUGUUGCUUUUUUAUUGCAAUUUGAGCUGGACCGAGCUUUGACUGUUCAAUGGAAGUAUGUUAUCAGUUACCAGUUUUGCCUCUAGACAGGCCGGUUCCUAAACAUGUUCUCAGCCGUAGGGGAGCCAUUAGCUUCAGCUCCAGUUCGUCUCUUUUUGGUGGACCUGCCCCAAGACAGCUGUCCAAGAGACGAGGGGCGAUCUCCUAUGACAGUGAGGAUCAAACGGCUCUCUACAUUCGGAUGCUCGGCCCCAGAGUCUGCAACACCACUAAGCAAGGGGCACCACCAAGCAAGCGGCACCAUGAAGACCAAGGAGCUCUCCAAACAGGAGAUGUGAGAGUCAGAAGCCAGGUGGGGUUUGAACCAGAGCGAAGAGGGUCUCAUCCCUACUUGUAUGUCGAUUUCCGAACUUUGCACUCCCGACCUGAGGCUGCGUGGCCUGUGUCUGCCAGGAAUGUCCGAAGGCUGCUGAGCUUUCAGAGGUACCUCCACUCGUCACGGUUCUUUCACGGCAUCCCAGCCUCCAACCCUCUAGGCUACAUCCUUGACGAUGACUUCACAGGUCAAGCCAAGUUAAUGCUGCAGAAGGUUGGAAACUGGAACUUUGAUAUUUUCCUGUUUGACAGACUUACGAACGGGAACAGCCUCGUCAACCUGACCUUUCACUUAUUCAACACUUAUGGGUUAAUUGAGCUCUUCCAGUUGGACAUGGUUAAACUUAGAAGAUUUUUAGUCAUGAUUCAAGAGGACUACCGCUGCCAGAACCCCUACCACAAUGCAGUCCACGCUGCAGAUGUGACUCAGGCCAUGUAUUGUUACCUGCAGGAGCCCAAGCUUGCUGAGACGCUGACCUCCUGUGAUCUCCUGCUGGGUCUGCUGGCUGCUGCCACCCAUGAUCUGGACCAUCCAGGUGUCAACCAGCCUUUCCUCAUCAAAACGGACCAUUACCUAGCAGCACUGUACAAGAAUAGCUCAGUUUUGGAGAAUCACCACUGGAAGUCUGCGGUGGGCCUGCUCCGCGAAUCAGACCUGCUGUCCCACCUCCCCACUGAAGACCGAUUGAACAUGGAGGAGCGGCUUGGAUCCCUGAUUCUGGCUACAGACAUCAGCAGGCAGAAUGACUAUCUUUCAGAGUUCAGGACACACUUGGACAAGGGAGACCUCUGCCUCACUAACGGAGGACAUCGACACUUUAUCCUUCAGAUGGCUCUGAAGUGUGCGGACAUUUGCAACCCCUGCCGACCGUGGAAACUCAGCAAACAGUGGAGCGAGAAAGUGACAGAGGAGUUCUUCCACCAAGGUGACAUUGAGCGGAAACAUAAUCUUGAAGUAACCCCACUCUGUGACAGGCAAUCCAACUCGGUUGCCAAUAUACAGAUUGGCUUUAUGGCGUACGUGGUAGAGCCUCUGUUUGUGGAAUGGUCACGCUUCUCCAACACACGGCUGUCCCAGACCAUGAUGAGCCACCUGAGCCUGAACAAGCAAGGCUGGAAGGAGGGGAGGGACAAGCAGGAGGUUAGCUCUAGUAGGGCCUCAGAGGAACAGAGGACUCCUCCCACCAAAGACUCAAACUCCAAAGUAUUACCUCAGGGAAGCAAAGGGUCAUGACAUGCCAAGCAUGACUGGCGCCCACGGUGAGGUGAGAAAGAGUGAAAUGAAUCUCCGCAUCCGACAGAAAUGACAUUACCCAGCACUCCCUGCAACUCAGCCACACGCUCCGCAUCUAGGUUAACCACUGUUUUUGUUUUUUAUGUAAUUUAACUUAAUUUAUUGAAUUUGGACCUUUUACUUUAACAUAGAGCAAUACAUAUAUACCUCAUGUUGCUUCUGCUGUAUGUAUUUUUAUUUAAUUUUGUACUGUAGUUCUGCUCUGACAUCACUAAUUUGACACGUCACCCUUUUAACAGAGACCUGAAGGGAAUGUUUUCAACAAGACCCUUCUGAUUAAAGUGCCAUUUGCAAACAUUUUGUUAAUGUUUUUAAAGUGGGGAAACCUUGUAUUCAAAGAGAGAGGUUCAUGUUGAAUGAAUGAGACAAGCUUCUGUGUGUUGCUGCAUUUCAGGCUAAUAGUAAUACUUCCUCGUACAAGAAAUGUGAUGAGCCCACUUCACUGGUGCCUCUGAAGACUGUUUACAAGCGUCUUUUGUGCUGCAUUUCACAUAUUAAACAUUGGUUCUGUAAAGAAAAGCUCAUACUGUAUGUGAAUAACCACUCACAUGAAGUACUUGUCCUAUUGACAACACACUGAACAAACAUCUGAUUGCAGAACAACACAAAUGCCCUGAAAGGACUGUGAUGGUCCGUUCGUUGCUCCUUGCACUGUGAACUAUAACGGGUUUUAUGACCCAAUAGUCAGUCAGCUCAGAGACUACUUGUGUGAAAAAAGGCCAUUGGAUGUGGUAUGAAAUCAAUGUAUUUCUUUACUGAUAUGGUGUACAGUGUUGGGGAUUUAACCGUAGCCUAAUAACAAUGUUUUGUAAUGGGGAAACGGGGCAUGCGUGUGGCCUUAACCAUAGAAUCUAGAUUCUAUUUUUAUGGCAUUAACAUUCUUUCAACACUUGAAUAACCACUCUUCCAUACUAGUAACAGAUGACCUGAGUUGAGGGUAGAAACAGCAUGACUACUUAUUAAAGUUGAUAUUAGGUGGUCUGCCUCAGGUAGGGCUAUGCCAUGAUCUACAAUGUUAUUUUAGAGAGUCGAAGCCCUUUCUAGAAUGCAAACAGACAACUUUUCAGACUGGCAACAGAUACCUUUUAAACUAUGCAAAAAAAUAAGUGACCAAACCAGUUAUUUUUUAAAUAUUUUUUUUUAUAAGGUCGAUCGUCUUCUCUCAAUGCAUUGUCCAAAUGUUUGCCUCUGGUGUGAAAAGGAAAUGACUUGGCAUUAGUAGAUUGGACAGUGAUCCAGUCAUAACAUAACAUUCCAUAUUUAAUUUAUUUUUGGUAUUGUUUUUUGAUUCUGUACACAAGACACGAUUGUGUCUCUGGUUGGACUUUCAGUAUAUCGAAUGAAAACCGGUGCUUUUCAUAUGGCAAAAAUGUGUAUUUUCUGGUUACUAUUGCAAGACUGUUUGAUAAAACUGUUUACCAUUUUGAUGUAAGUCAUUUUUGGGUAGGAACUUUUGUGGCAAACUAUUUUGUGAAAAGCUUUGACAAAUUGAUAUUUUGAUACAUGCCAGUUGCAGUUACAUUUUCAUUAAUAAAACAACUUGUCACACUUA